UUGGUAACGACCAAAAUUAAUAUGAGAGAAAAAGAUAAUAGGAUCAUAAUUUCUAAAAGCUGUGUUGUCUAUUUUCAGACAGGAGACAUGCCAUGGGAAUAUAACCAUUACAACAGGCUCACUUGCACACUGCUUAAUAUAAUAUUAAGCUUAUACUUGUAUAUUUGGGACAUCAAACUCGCAAAUUCAUAAUGCAAAUGAACACAUGAGAUACUAAAUGGUGGAUACUGCUCCACAUAAAUCAUCUCCCAUCCAGUACACCUCUUUUUCUAAUUAGAGAAAGCCCGCUACUUGAAACGAACUGGAUUUCCUGUUUGUGCGCUGUGUUCGCUUCAGAAUUAUAAUUUGCAGUAGGAUGUCGGCCAUUUCUACUUCGUAUACAGCGUGGUGUGGUCGUUAUUCUUACGCAGUCGAGUAAGGUAACGACUAUACAAAAUGGUUAACGGACGGAUACCCUCAGUUUUUUCAAAAACUUAUGUUACUCCAAGGAGACCUUAUGAGAAGGCUCGUUUAGAUCAAGAAUUACGAAUUAUUGGUGAAUAUGGUCUUCGUAACAAGCGUGAAGUAUGGAGAGUUAAAUACACACUAGCAAAUAUUCGAAAAGCUGCUCGUGAGCUUCUUACUUUGGAAGAAAAGGAUCCUAAACGUUUGUUCGAAGGAAAUGCUCUUUUGCGUCGCUUGGUAAGAAUUGGAGUACUAGAUGAAAGCCGUAUGAAACUUGAUUAUGUUCUUGGCUUGAAAAUCGAAGAUUUCUUAGAAAGACGACUUCAAACUCAAGUAUUCAAAUUGGGACUUGCUAAAUCUAUUCAUCAUGCCCGUGUGCUUAUUCGUCAACGUCAUAUUAGAGUGCGCAAACAAGUGGUGAACAUUCCAUCUUUCAUUGUGAGAUUGGAUUCACAGAAGCACAUUGACUUCUCACUAAAAUCUCCAUUUGGUGGUGGUAGACCUGGUCGUGUCAAGAGGAAGAACUUGCGUAAGGGAAGCGGAGGAGCUGCUCCAGAGGAAGAAGAAGAUUAAAUCAUUUGUUUUGUAAUACUUCUAUUUAAUAAAAGUAUUCCUUAAAUGUUCAAUAA